AUGGAGCCAGAAAUAAGCGAGCACACCCCACCUGCGGCAGCUGGGUCAGCGACUCCACCGCAGGAGCAAACCAUCCACGAUCCCAUUGACCCUCAGCAGGAGCUGUCGAGCCCACCGUACAACAGCUACUCACACCAUCGUAGUCCACGCACAGAAGAGCUGAAUCACAGCAUGUUGCACUCGUGGCCCUCAUCCGCCAGCGCAUCAGCCUCGGCGUAUGGACCUGGGCAAGUCGACUUGGGUGUCUUGAAAGGACAGAUAACGGCGCAUCAGCAGCAACAGGGACGCGCCGAGCACAGCCUGAAGGGCAGCGGCAACUACGCUAACCCCUGUACGCCGCAGCAGGGCCUGCACAAUGUCACGCCGCUGACUCCACUCUCCUCAGCGUCUAGGGUGAAGACAGUCAACUGCAUCUACACCCCGCCUCGCCUCGACUCGCAGCUCCUAGCGUCCCCGUGGCCCGGGUAUGGGUGGGCAGCGGGACAGGCGCCGUCACCCACGCGUGCAGGAGGGACUUCAGCCCCCCUGUCACUAGCCCCAUAUUGGCACGCCACCUCGAGCCCGAUCCACUACCCAUCGGGAUCUCUGACACCCUACCACAGCGGUUGCCGCUUAAGUUCGCCCUCCAUGCAGUCGCUUCGACUACUGCCACUACCCCAGAAGCACAGCCACAACGGUGCCUCGCCGGUGCAGCUGAGCUGUUCAAAUUUGGGUCAUGAGAACAGCUUUCCCACAGCAGCCUCGUCCUGCGUCUCCCCAGGAAACAUCGAUGUCGUGCACUCUGCCAUCCUUGACGCACCGCUGCAGGUUUCUCUCAUGCCGCCGCCGUAUCACGAUGACCGGCCACUCUUUAGCUUCAGCAACUCCAUUGUGCAGUCGGCCCCCUUCACCCGCACGCUGCCGACGUCGUCUUCGCGCACUCAGUCUAUCUACCAUGAUGCGAUGAUCGACCUAGCGUACCACAAGGACAAGGUGGACAACCCGCUCGCCGCGGUGCUUUUCGAUGGCGCACGUCCCGCUGUGGCCGGCGGCGCUGCGAACAGUCAUGACACGAACCCAGUCAGAGGCAGUGAUAUCACCUCCUCAUUUGGGAAUGCGGCCGCCACUGGCAGCUCAUUCAAUGGGCACUUGUGCAACUCCACCGUGUCGGCGUUGAUGGAGGAUGGGUUUGUCGGCAAAGCAGAGAUCCUGGUCAGCAUGGGGUCCAUGGACUGGUGGCGUCUCGAGAGGCCUUCGUCAGCGAAUUUGUCCUUGGUGGAUCAGCUGACUGGACGGCCAGGCGACCGGCGAACGGGGUCGCUUGGCAUUCACAUGAACGUUCUCGAUAAUGAGAACGAGGAUAUCCGUUUCAGUGAGGAGGAAGAGGAUGAGAUGGAAAGGGCUCGGCAGAGCUUCAACCGAACACCCAGAGCACUGGCCUCCACGGGUCGGGACACGCAAACCUCGGCCGUCGUUAUCACUGCAGCAGACAUAGAGGGACCGACGUCGGAGAUCUUCGACGGGGCGAGCCUGCCCGCGCCACUAGACCACACUGCACGACCUGACAGAACGGACGGCAAGACAGCUACCCUCUCACUGCCUGUGUCUAUACUCGCUUACAGUGAUGACGCCACCAUGAUGGAUGCAACAACCGCGGUCACGGCACCGUCCCACGGCAGAGCUGUCGAGAUUGCCACGCCACUCGUGAAUCUUCCCCUCCGCCCCAACGGUCGACCGACCACUCCUGCAGGCGCGCCAGCUAUUGCGCUGGCUGGCCGUGGCAUUCACGACUUUCACCUCUUUAUGCCGUCGCCCAUUGACCAAGGUGCGCCUGUGUUCGGUGGCGUGCGCGACAGCGUGACUCGCAACAGCCCUUCAGAGCCGAGUACCUCCACCUUGAGCCUUGUCCCCGCUGUUGGGAUGUGGCAGGCAUCGCCAACGAUCUUCUCGGCGUGGCACUCCUUGGAUCUCGUGCCCACUGCGGAGUUUCGCACAGCGCACAGCCUGCAAGACCUGCUAGAGAUGCUUCGUCUGCUACAGAGCGAUAUCGAUAACGUGUAUAAUGAAGUCUCUCUCACCGAGCAGCUAGUGCGUCGCGGGAUCAGAAGUACACUGAGUAUGCUGCUACAGCUCAUCACUGAGCUGGCGCACAGCGUCGCCCUUGCAGCAACGGAGGCAUCGGACGGCAUGAAGGAGUCGACUGCCUCGGCAGAACAAGCGGCGACGUAUGUGCAACUGCAAGUAGAUCUUUCGGCAGCUGCCGCGUCUUGUGAUAAGCCCCUUCGCGCAGCCAUUGAUGCAGUCAAACGAGAGCAAGAGAACCUUGAGCCGCUACUUUUCACGACUAUGCUCGCACGAGGUGCUAUUGCGUCGCUUCUGCAGUUUCUGGAAAAGCCCUACGUCGCUGCGAAGACACCGAGCGGCACCACCACCAUACCGACGUUGAAUGAGGUUUGCGCGCCGUCAAAGCAACACGGGGGCUGCAACAGUAGUGCCUAUGCCUCCACGGACCUGGCCGUGACGCCACUCACGCCAGAGCGCAUUGAGGAGCUCAUGGACAAUAAAACCCUGCAGGAGGAGCUGAACUGCAAGUGGCCGCAGUUCACGUCGACAUACAACCGCCAAGUGUUGCGCUACCUCUGUCUGCGUGCGCUCUACGUCGCCCUGAACCGGGACGAUAACAGUGCCGGUGAACUUGCUACAGAGCAGCAGGGCUGCCGCACCACCAUAGACGCGGACGCACCUGCCACUGCUUCCACUACUCUGGAGACGGUGGUGUCGGCGUGGGUGGAAGAGCAGGUGCUUUUGUGGACCGCACAGCAACCCACUAUUACCCCAAAGUACUGUCACGCGACGUCCGCCAACCCCACGUUCGACGAUGCGGACAGGGUGGCUGUGCGUGAGGGUCUGUGCGGAGCGCUCCCGUCCUUCGAGCGCGUCGCAGAGGUCCUCAGCGUCUACCGCGACGGCGAGGGGUGGCGCUGGUGGUACAGCCUGCUGAGCCACGCCAUGUUGUGCAACUUUCACGUGCGCGAAAACAAGCGCAUUUUCAGUUACGUCGAGAAGCAGCUUCUAGACUCAUCGGCGGCUUCAGCCGUGGCGAUGCGGAAUGUUUUGGCAAGGCAAGAGGUGACGGUGGAGGAGGUGGAAGAGGAACUGGAGAAGGUGGAGUUGGAGCUCUCCACCAUGGAGGAAAGCGGCAAGGCGCAGCGCGUCACUAUUCUUCAGUGCAUUCUGCGCCGCAUCUUUGUGUUUGCCUUGGUUUCGUCGGUGCAGCGGACGCUUGGCAAAGAUACCCCUGUAUUAGGGUCGCAGCUGGCCACCUAUGUGCAACUGCAACGAAAACCGCUGGUGGAUGUGGAAGCGCAGCUAAGCGCGCAUCACACGGAGUGCACGACCCACGUCAAGCACAUCCACACGUUUGUGUCACACUUCCUCGGUACGGCUACUGCCGCACAACCGUCAUCCCAGUCUCAACUGUGGACACUCUGCAGGACCACGACUGCGAGUGGCGUGUGCAACCACAUGAAUCAGACGCACCUCAGUCUUAUCUCCAGCCUAUCCCCAGAUCUACAGCCGGAUGACACCUUCUUCCAGUGGAACUCUCCAACCGUCGCGUCACUCGAGGUGCUCUUCACUCACCCGAAGAUUGACAAAGGCACUAUGGAUCGCAGCGAAGGCGUCCCCACGGUGACGACGACGGCGACGGGGGCGUACACGGACGGCAGCGGAGCGGAUCGCGCGCGCGCUGCAGCGGCAUUAAUUCGAGAUUUGACAACAAGGCUGGUGGCAACGGUGCAAAGCCUCUGUACUCUACUGCAGUCUGAUGUGGAUAUCACGGAGGCACACGAGAUGUUCUGCACCUUGCCGACAAAGAUGUGUGCUCCGUCGACGCGGGCACUCCGUCGCCUGCAAGCCUCCCUCGCCGAAACCAACCAAUGCAUACGAGCAUGCAUGGCCUCACUGCACAUUGUUGACUGA